AUGGCAUCUACAAACCCGGCCCUCUCGGCCCUUUCAGGCCCUACAUAUGUCACAGCUCAGACUCUGAUUCAACAAGUGGCGUAUCUGUUAAGUGAUAAGAUCUUCUCUUAUUCCCCAGAGACCUUUGACCUCGAUGCUGCUCUCCGUCAAUGGUCUGCAAGCCAAGAGAAGAAUGCCAAUGGCGAGUCUCCUGAGGUCAAGGCCAUGGAAACCCGUCAAGGUGCGGGAAACUUGGCCCUGGGUUAUAUCUUCUCCCAGGACUUUGACUUGAAGAAGCGCCAUGUUCCUCAGGGAAUUGUGGCAUCUUCAGCCACUCUCCCAUAUAUGCGCUCUGCUCUUGAGCAACUCUCGCUACUGUACUCUGUCGCUAGCCCGGUUGCGGCUCAUGUUGCUGCUGUCGAUUAUACCAAUGAGAAUGGCUUGGUUUCCGACUAUGCUUCGGCUCUGUCCCUGGCCGAGGAUCUUGGUCUGGGUCUCGUCUCCAGUGGCUCUGCUCAUGAAUCCCAGCACAUGGCCUUGUUUACCACUCUGCUCUCUUCUAUCUUGCCUUCGAUUCACAUUUAUGACGGUGUCCGCGUUGGUCGCGAGUCCACCCGUGUCAUCGACGUGCUCGACAAGGAAGGUCUUUCUCGCACAUAUGAGACAGUUCGCAAGACUCUCGACGAUUCUCGCAACCGCCACCUCGACGCGCAAGGCAAGCUAUUGGACCUGCUCAAGACCCUGAACGGUGAGCUUGGAACUGACUAUGGUGCGUUUGAGUACCACGGUCACUCGAGCCCCGACUCUGUUCUUGUUGUCUUCGGCACUAUUGAGGCUGCUCUUGCUGCCCAGGUCGCUCGCUCCUUGGCCAAGGAUGGUGUUGAAAUCGGUGUUGUCAACGUUCGUGUCUACCGACCUUUCGUCGAGGAGGAGUUCCUGCGCGUGCUUCCCCAGUCUACCAAGACCGUUGGUGUUCUUGGACAAGUUGCUGAUGUGAAGGCUGUUCAUGAAGAGGGUAUUCACUCUGCUCUGUAUGAGGACGUCCUUGCAGCCUUGACCUUCGCCACCGGCCGUGAGCGGGCAACUGAAUGUGUUGAACUCAAAUACCCUCGAUCCCAGCGCUGGGACUUGAUCUCAACUGCUGCUGCUUUCCAGCGCAUCUUCGAGAGGCCCAUUCUCCCUGUUAACGCUGCCAGCGAGACUACGCCUCUUCAGCUCCUUGACCCCGCUACGGUCCAAGAAUAUACUUUCUGGGAUGUCGAUAACUCCGCUACUGAGGAUGCUGCCCGCGCUCUCAGCCAGGCACUCGCAGCUGAUUCUGCAAACAAUGUCACUACCAGCAAGGUUCACGACAACCUUGUCCAGGGUGGCGCCAUCCGCAUUGAUAUCCGUAAGAGUGCCAAGAUUGUGGAUGCUCCCUACGCCGUUGCUGCUGCCGACGUCACCUAUGUCGGAAAUGUUGCGCUGCUUAAAGAUGUUGAUGUCCUCGCCUCAGUCAAGGAUACCGGUAAGGUCAUUAUCAACGCACCCGGUGUCAAGGAUGAGGACCUCGAGAAGAAGCUUCCUGCUGCCUUCCGCCAAGCUGUUGCCCAGCGUGGUCUCUCUCUUUUCGUCAUUGAUUCAUUGACUACCGAAGGCGCCUCUCUUGAUACCUUGGUCCUCCAAGCCUCUUUCAUCCGUGUUGCUCUGCCUUCUCAGGAAGGCUUGGCCACUAAGAAGCUGGCAUCCAUCGUUGGCAAUGCCGAAGCCCUCGAGAACGUUACCAAAGAUCUCGAUAAGACUCUCCGCCAGAUUGAGGUUCCCGAGUCCUGGAAAGAGCCUGAGGGAGUCAGUGAGGCUGCUCAGCUGCCUAAGGAUAUCUCCGCCAACAGCUUUGCUGCAUUCGAUCAGAAUGAAACCGAACCUGCGAGCCUCCUUAAGGGCUCACAGAUUGCGGCUCAAGGACUGGCUUUCAAGGAGGCAUUUGACACUAAGAGUGCUCUUCGUCCCGAUCUUGCGACAAAGACAUUCACCGUCCACGUCAAGGAGAACCGCCGUUUGACCCCCGUUACCUACGACCGUAACAUCUUCCACAUUGAGUUUGACCUCGGCGACUCUGGACUUACCUACGACAUUGGUGAGGCUCUUGGUGUCCACUCUCAGAACGACCCCAAGGACGUCAACGAGUUCAUUCAGUUCUACGGACUGGACCCCAAUGCCAUCGUGGAAGUUCCCAGCCGUGAGGAUCCCGCUGUUCUCGAGAACCGCACCGUCUACCAGGCUUUGAUCCACAAUGUCGAUAUCUUUGGUCGCCCUCCCAAGCGAUUCUACGAGGCCCUUGCCGAGUUUGCCACUGAGGAGAAGGAGAAGACUGACCUCCUCACUCUCGGUGGCCCCGACGGCGCUGCUGAGUUCAAGCGUCGCGCCGAGGUUGACACUGUCACCUUUGCCGAUAUCUUGCUCGAAUACCCAUCUGCCCACCCUGCUUUCCACGAGAUAAUUCGCAUUGUCGGCCCUAUGAAGCGCCGCGAGUACUCUAUUGCCUCGUGCCAGAAGGCUUCCCCAAACAUUGUCGCUUUGAUGAUCGUCGCUGUCACCUGGACUGACCCUCACGGCCGCGACCGCUUCGGACAAGCCACUCGCUACCUGAGCAGCCUGCAACCUGGAACCCCCGUUACUGUCAGUGUAAAGUCCAGUGUGAUGAAGCUGCCCCCCAAGUCAACUCAGCCUCUCAUCAUGGCCGGUCUCGGUACCGGUCUUGCACCCUUCCGUGCUUUUGUGCAGCACCGUGCUCUCGAGAAGGCCCAGGGCAAGGAGAUUGGUUCAGUUCUCUUGUACAUGGGCUCUCGUCACCAGCGCGAGGAGUACUGCUACGGUGAGGAAUGGGAAGCUUACCAGGCUGCUGGUGUGAUCACUCUGGUGGGUGCCGCGUUCUCUCGUGACCAGCCUGAGAAGAUUUACAUCCAGGAUCGUAUGCGCCAGACUCUCCCCGAGAUUAUCAAGGCAUACAUGCAGGAAGAUGGUGCUUUCUACCUGUGUGGUCCCACCUGGCCUGUGCCUGAUGUCACCGCUGUCUUGGAAGAGGCCAUCACUACCGAUGCCCAGAGCAACGGCAAGAAGGUUGACUCUCGCAAGGAGAUUGAGAAGCUCAAGGAUGCUGAGCGUUAUGUUCUUGAGGUCUACUAG